AUGUCGGAAGUUAAAAGAACAAUUAGAAUAACCACUGAGCAACACAUCUUGAAGGAUGUGCCACCAGUUGAGAAUUUUCCCAUGAGACAAUGGUCUAUCUCCAUUACAAUGCUAGACUCACAGGGUAAGGAGAUACCAGCCAAAAUAUUGGAUAAAGUGACCUACCAUUUACACCCUACAUUUGCCAACCCAAUCAGAGUCAAUAAGCAACAACCAUUCAAGGUCCAAGAACAAGGUUGGGGUGAAUUUGAUAUUCCAAUUGUUGUGCACAUUAUGGGUAUUAAUGGAAAACCAGGUGAACGCAAAUUUCAACACGAUUUAAACUUCUUGCAAGAGAAGUACCAUAAUGACCAUGUCAUCUCGAUCCCCGUGGGACCCAACAAAAACCCGCAGUUAAACAAGUUGCUACUUGAAAGUGGAUCUUUGCCCUUUGACGAAAGCGGAAACAACGCUGGUGGAGUAAAGAGAAAAUUGGACACAACAAAUGGACCUUCAUCGAACCAAGCAGCUAGCGACAACAAGAGUAAGAAGUCAAGAAGCGCAAUUAAAGGCAAUGUGGAUUUAGAGAAGUUAUCUCAGGGACUAACAAAAUUGAGUGAGGACGACUUGAUCGUUGUUGUUCAAAUGGUCACCGAUAAUAGGACAAAUGAGAUGAACAUCAAAAACGAUGUGGAAAACGGUGAAUUUACCAUGGAUUUAUAUACUUUGCCAGACUCUUUGUUGAAAAGUUUAUGGGACUAUGUAAGAAAACACACAGGAGAGGCGUGA